AUGUCAGCACCAACAUAUGAAGCAUUGAAACUACCUUCAUUCGUCGAAACCGUCCUCGUCACAGGGGCAGGAGGUUUCGUCGGACAGAAACUCGUUCUACUCUUGUUAAAACUUUACCCAAACCUUCGAAUAAUCGCUACGGAUAUUAUUGAACCUCCCAAUCAUGGAAUCACCGAUACCAAGAGAUUGAGGAACGUCAAAGCUGAUUUGGGUAAGCCGGAUGAACUCAAAGGGGUUUUCGAUGGUGAGAAAGUAGGUGGGGUAUUUGCUUUACACGGUAUCAUGUCAGGCGGAUCCGAAGCGAACUUCCCCCUCGGAUACGCAGUCAACGUAGAUUCCCAUCGAGCUUUGUUAGAGGCAACGCACAAACAUGCCGAGGCGAAUUUCCCACAAGGUCAUCCAAGACCUAUAUACGUUUUUGCAUCUUCCCUUGCUGUCUAUGGGGCAGUCACCCCUCAGUCGGUGGUUGAUCCUAAGACUAAGCCCGUUGUGCCAGAAUCAAGUUAUGGUGUUCAGAAACAUUGUAUUGAGAUGAUUGUUUAUGAUUAUGGAAGGAAAGGCUACCUCGAUACCCGAACCGUUAGAUUGGUAACAGUAACUGUCCGACCGGGUGCACCAUCCAGUGCGGCAUCAUCCUACAUCUCAGGAAUGAUCAGAGAACCAUUACAAGGUCAAGAAUCCCUUUGUCCCAUUGCAGAUUCGAUGGAUGAUCCCGCUCUGGACUACUAUCUCACUUGGGUAGGAAGGACCAAAACCGUCAUUAGGAAUAUCCUCUGGGCAGCAGUAGUAGAAGAGAAACAGUUGAAGGAGGUUUCACAGGAGAGGAUCGUUAAUUUACCGGGAAUACAAAUUACCCCAAGACAGAUUAUCGAAACCUUAAUCAAAUAUGGCGGUAAAGAUAAACUCAACUUGAUCAAAUUCAAGAAAGAUCCAGCGGUCAUCAGAAUCUGCGAUACCUGGGCGGGCGCAUUCGAUAAUUCCGAUGCGUUGAAAUUAGGUUUCGAAGUUGAUGAUUCCAAAACUGGUUAUGAGGGUGCUGUACAAGAUUUCAUCGAAGAGGAAUUAGGCGGGAAAGUAGCUUAG